AGGAUGCGAGUUUGCACGUCCCUGCCAUGCACGAGAUCGCUCACCAGAAGAAAAGCCGCCACCCUCGUGCCACGUUCCCUUCAUGCAAGCCCCUCCCAUGUACUAUGAAUCUCACUCACUCUCGCUCUCCCUAACUUCCAAGAAACUCGAAAGAUUCAGAGAAACUGCGAAAGAGAAGAGAAGAAGAAGAAGGAAGAAGGAGAAGAAGAAAUCAGAGCGGAAAUGCCAGGCCUGACGCUCGGCGACACCGUCCCAGACCUCGCCGUCGAGACCACCCACGGCAAGAUGAAGCUCCACGACUUCGUCGGCGACUCCUGGACCAUCCUCUUCUCUCAUCCCGGGGAUUUCACGCCGGUGUGCACGACGGAGCUCAGGAAGAUGGCGGCAUAUGCGCCGGAGUUCGAGCGGAGGGGGGUGAAGCUCCUGGGCUUGUCCUGCGAUGACGUCGAGUCGCACAAGGCGUGGAUCGAGGACACAGAGGCCUUCACUCCCGGGGCCAAGGUGACGUACCCGAUAAUCGCCGACCUGAAUAGAGAGAUCAAAGAGCUCAACAUGGUCGAGCCGGAGGAGAAAGACGCCUCAGGGAAGCAAGUCCCUUCUAGAGCUCUGCACAUCGUCGGUCCUGAUAAGAAGAUCAAGCUGAGUUUUCUUUACCCGGCGAGCACCGGGAGGAACAUGGACGAGGUGGUGAGGGUGCUGGACUCGCUGCAGAGGCCAUCAAAUUACAAGAUCGCCACCCCGUGCAACUGGAAGCCGGGGGAGGCGGUAGUCAUCUCGCCGUCUGUCUCCAAUGAGCAGGCCAAGGAGAUGUUCCCGCAGGGCUUCAAGACGGCCGAUCUCCCGUCCAAGAAGGAUUACCUCCGCUUCACUCAUGUCAAUUAGCGCCAUGUACUCUGGUGUGUUCUCGACGCCGUUUGUUGCUAAGGCUGGAGCAUAAUGAAUCACUGUUGGGUGUGAUUAGCUACAUGUUAAUAAAAUGUAUAUUAGUUACUCUAGUGUCUGUGCACCCUUUUGUAUGGGGAGAGUUCGUAAAUGAACAAUUACUCCAGUGUCUGUGCAGCCUUUUGU